AUGCGGGCAUUGGCCGGGCUUGGGGUGCUGCUGCUUCUCGCCCUUCCCACAAGCCAGGUGAGCCAGGCGCUGGGCACCCCGGGUGCAGCUGGUGGACAUCCGUUUCAGGUCUCCCUAAAAUUAGGUGAGCAGCAUUUCUCUGGGGGAAGCUUGAUUCAAGAUGAUCUGGUGGGGACAGGAGAGCAAAUUAAGAGUCUCGCUGUGAUUGCUGAAGAGUACAACCUCUUUCAGAAGGAUAAGCAAGAACAGAAAAUUCCUGUCUCAAAAAUUAUUCAUCCUGAAUACAACAGACUUGGCUAUAUGAGUUCUGAUAUUGCACAACUGUAUCUAAAACACAAAGUCAAGUUUGGAAUUUCUAUUCAGCCAAUCCAUCUUCCCCAUGGGGGUGAUACAUUUGAAGAAGGGAUUCUUUGCAUGACUAGUGGAUGGAGCAAGAUUUCAGAGACAUCAGAAAAUUCAAAUAUCCUUCAAGAACUGGAACUUCCUAUCAUAGAUGACAGAAUAUAUAAUACUGUGCUCACAGGUAUGGACCUUCCUCCCCUGGGAAGGACCAUGUUGUGUGCUGGUUCUCCUGAUGGAGAAAAGGAUGCCCGCCAGGGGGAUUCUGGAGGCCCACUUUGUAGACAAGACCAUGGAAUCUGCAUUCUUGCUGGGAUAACUUCCUGGGGAGCUGGUUGUGCUAGAGGUUGGGCUCCUUUAAGAAAUAACUCCAAGAGGACAUUACAUGGCAUUUUCUCCAAGGUGUUUGAGCUGAUGACGUUUAUCACUCAAAAGGUGAUCACAGAUUGUAGGCCUCAGGGAGCAGUGUUAUUUGGAGGAAAUGGGAAGAUCUAUUACUCCCAUUCCAAAGAGGGAACUAGUCUCAUAAUCGGUAUGUAUCCCAGCAUAUGCAUGUCUAAAAUAAUGGUACCAGAAGAUAAAAUUAUCCUGUUAAAAUUUACAAGCAUAGACAUAGAAAAUCGAGUUGGCUGUGACCAUGAUGUGUAUCUGCAAUCAAGCAACAGAGUGCUCAAUAGUAAGGUCUGUGGAGAUACAUUGCCCCCACCACUGCUGACAGAGUCCAGGGAGGCCAUAGUUACCUUGGUUUCUGAUAGAGAACACAGUGGCAGCAGCUUUGAGCCUACCUUUCCUGCUGCACAAAAGAACUCGGACGAUUCCGGGUGCAGGAGUGUGACUACUUUGGUGGGAGAAGAGAUGAUUCACUACUCCAGUUACCCAGACUUACAUCCCAAGAAUUUAAGGCACCAUGGGUUCAUUCAUGCUCCAGAGAAACACGUUGUGAAGUUGGCAUUUGAGGACUCUUCUACUGAAUUUAACCAAAACUAUGUUUAUAAUGCUGUUGUGAUUUAUGGUGGUCCUGAAGAGGAGCAUGAGUUAAGUGGGAAAAAUAAUCCAGUCUUCUGGACUGUCAUUGCUGGGGACCAUGACCGAACCCUGAAAGAACCAACUGAGCAGGUAAGAAAGGCAGAACACAUCGUGGUGCAUAAAGACUUGGAGAGAUCGAGCUUUGCCUCUGACAUCGUCCUCAUGCAGCUGGGCUCACUGGAGCUCAGCUCUGCUGUGAGGUCAGCGUGUCUCCCCCACAGCACGGAGCCUCUGCUGUCCUCGGAGAUCUGUGCUGUGACUGGAUGGGGAAACAUUAGUGAAGAUGGGGGCCUGGCAGGUCGCUGACAACAGAUCCAAGUGCCCGUGUUAGCAAGAGAGAUCUGGGGGCACACUUACUGUUCUGCUCACCCAGGAGGGAUCACAGAGAAGAUGAUGUGUGCUGGCUUUGCAGCGGCUGGAGGUCAGGAGGACUCUGGUGGGCCAUUCGUGUGGAGACAUGAAAAGGAUCCCUUGGCCUUUGGCAUCGUCAGCCGGGGAGCUGGCUGUGCCCGGCGGAAGCCAGGUGUAUUUGCCAGGCUGAGUGUCUUCUUGGACUGCAUCCAAUCCAAAAUCAAAGGCUGUUACUCUGAAGCGGAGAUGGAAGAGCCCAGAGGUUUUUCUUCAGCACCAAGAUGCCCACUGGAUUAUAAAGGAAAUCUGGAAUGUUCGUGGGUGCUCCGAGUUUCACCAAGCAGUGUGGCAAAACCCACGGUAGGGUACCUGUCACUCCCUGGGUCUCAUACGUGUCGAGAUUCAGUCCCGACUAUUUGUGAAGAAACCCCUGUGAGAGAAGGAGCAAUGUUACAGUAUCUUAUGAUGGUUAUUGGAUUCACAGACCCAGGUUCUAAUCAUGCCUGUGACUCUGGAGGUGCUAAUUAUUGCUGCAAUUGUAAUAAUAUUACAAUAUGUAAAUGUAUCAAACCAACAUGUUCUGGACCACUGGUGAGGGUGACAUUUCGUUCCCUUGCACAAGGUGAUUUUGGCAUAAGUUAUAUUGUCUUUAGAGUCCAAGGUCCAGAAGUCAGUUAAGUAACCAGACUUCUUCAAAGUUCAAACCAAGAGCAUGUAGCCACUUGUAAGGAUGUUGUUCUGACCAAACCAGCAGUUAUCACACAGAUCCCAAAAUAUUUUCACAUAACCACCAUGAGCCGCCCCUGGGGGUUGUCAGCCCCUUUAAAUCCCAUCAUUUGCCUAAAUAUUAUCAACUUUCAGAUUAAAUCCACAUCCUGGGCCUGUCAGGGUUACCUGUGGGUUUAUGAAGGAUUUGGAUCAGGCAAAAAAUUAAUUGGAAAAUUAUAUGAAGGAGAUUCACCUUCAUUAAAAUCUCAUGGUCUUCUUAUGAUGGUGAUUUUCACAGACAAUGUCAGUUUGGCCAUGGAAGAAUUUUCUCUGAGAUAUUCUUUUCAUAUUUCUGAUUCCAUGACUGGAAAAGUUAAAGUUAAUGAUAAAGGAAAUAAAAUUGAGGCAGUGAUUAAAGACUUAGUAACAGAAGAAUCUUGGAACUAUGAAUGGGAUUAUUUCAGUAUUUAUGAUGGACCAGAUCAACAAUCAAGAUUACUUGGAGUGACAGUAGAAAACAACACAGAAAGAUGGCCAACCCAAGACAAAUGUGGAAUUCCGGUUGUCGACCCAUUUGUAAUAGAGGAGUCGCAGAGAAAUACAGAUGAGCCAUCAGCAGAGCUUGGGGAGCCCAGGGUGGCUGGUGGUCAUGCUGCACCUGCAAUGUCGAGGCCCUGGCAGCACCAAGGGAAACAUGACUACGGAGGUGCUCUGAUUGCAAAGCAGUGGGUGCUGACAGCCGCACGCUGUAACUUCAGGUGCGUGCCUGUGUGGUGCGGGGUGCUGGAGCUCUUUGAGGGCCCCCCCGUGGGCAAACCCUGCUCGCUUCAUGUCACAAGAAACUUUAAGCAUUAA